CCGCCACGCCAGCCGCACCUUCACUUGGACUCUUGGGGUGGCUUCGGCUGCGCCUGCUCCAGCCUACCCAGCGCUCACCAUGUCGUCGUCCCUGGCGUCCUCCUCGUACCGCCGCAGGAUCCUCGACUCCAAAGCGGCGGCCUCCCACGCGCUCUACUCCUGCCGCCUCCCCUCCCGCUCCGGCUCCAGGCAGCCUGCACACACCAGGAUUGGCGACACCGCCAGAGCUCAUGGUGUUGAGAGUAGCAUCAUCAGUGUCCUAACUAUGCAUCACUGGGAGACCUUGAAUCACAUGGCGUACAAGUUUGGGAAGCUUGACAAGGUUCAUGGAAAGCUAGCCUUGAAGAUACUGGGCUCUAUUGUGCAACAAUCAGGUUUGGAGCGAAUCACUCAUGUUUACUGCCUGGCUGCUCAUAUCCUCAUCCAAGCUCAAAUGCAUUCGCAAGCAAUGUCAGUGUUGAAACAUCUUGCCAUGGCGGGCUUCUCUUGCUCUGCUAUAUUUAGCUCCCUUCUCCGAACUAUCUCGCGCUGUGAUUCCAAUCCCAUGGUUUUUGACCUUCUUAUCAAUGCAUAUCUGAAGGAAAGAAAAGUUGUUGAUGCAAGUAAGGCAAUUUUAUUGAUGGAUGACUGUGGAUUUAAGGCUUCAACUCACACCUGCAAUGCUGUCCUUAAUGCUCUUGUGGAAGUUGGGGAAUCAAAAAAUGUUUGGUUCUUCUUAAAAGAAAGUUUGGCCCGGAAGUUCCCGUUGGAUGUCACCACUUGUAAUAUUGUACUGAAUUAUUUUUGCCUUGAUGGUAACCUUAGAAAGGCUAAUCUUAUGCUACAAAAGAUGAAGAGUCGGUCCAUAUCAAACGUUGUUACUUAUAACACAAUACUUUACUGGUAUGUUAAGAAGGGAAGGUUCAAGGCUGCCAUGCGUGUCUUUAAAGAUAUGGAGAAGAAUGGUGUAGAGGCAGAUGUAUAUACUUAUAACAUCAUGAUUGAUAAGUUAUGUAAAAUGAAGAGGAGUGCGCGCUCUUACCUUUUGCUCAAAAGAAUGAGGGAAAAUAACUUAUCACCUGAUGAGUGUACAUAUAAUACUUUGAUCAAGGGAUUUUUUGAUGAAGGUAAGAUGAAACUUGCUAUCUAUAUAUUCAAUGAAAUGCUGAAACAGAGCUUGAAGCCAAGCCUAGCUACUUACACUACCUUGAUUGAUGGGUACUGCCGAAGUGGGGUAACUGGUGAAGCUUUAAGAGUUCUGUAUGAAAUGCAAGUUGCUGGUGUGAAACCAAGUGAACUAACUUUUAGUGCAAUGCUGAAUGGUUAUUGCAAAGCUUCCAUGCCGGGACAUGCACUGAAUCUUAUUGAAGAUCUGAAAGCAAGAGGCACAACAAUCAACAGGACUAUGUAUACUAUCCUGAUUGAUGGUUUCUGUCAGCUAGGAGUGGUUUCUAAAGCCAAGCAAAUUUUAAAGAGUAUGCUUGUGGUUGGGAUCAAUCCAGAUGUUGUUACUUAUUCAGCACUGAUCAAUGGUAUGUGCAAGAUGGGUAAGUUGGAUGAAACAAAAGAGAUUUUGUCAAGGAUGCAAAAAACAGGAGUUUUGCCUAAUGAGGUUCUUUAUACAACUCUAGUUUGCUAUUGUUGCAAGUCUGGGUAUGUCGGAGAAGCACUAAAGUAUUUUGUGGAUAUAUAUCGGAGGGGCCUAGCUGCCAAUUCAUUCAUCCACAAUACAUUGUUAUGUGCGCUGUAUCGAGAAGGAAUGGUUACACAGGCUGAGCAAUUCAAACAAUACAUGUCUAGGAUGAAGAUAUCAUUUGAUGUUGCCUCUUUCAACUGUAUAAUAGACUCUUACUGCACCAGAGGCAAUAUGCAUGAGGCAUUCUCUGUGUAUGAUAAUAUGCAUAGAUAUGGCUGUUCUCCAAAUGUGGACACAUAUAAGAAUUUGCUUAGAGGGUUAUGCAAGGGAGGCCACUUGGUACAAGCAAAGGAGCUCAUGGCCUGCCUUGCUGACAUACCUUCUGCCAUUGAUCACGAAACCUUCAAUGCAUUACUUCUGGGGAUUUGCAAACACGGAACUCUAGAUGAAGCUCUGGAUUUAUGUGAGAAAAUGGUUACAAGUAAUUUUCUACCUGACAUCCAUACUUACACUGUUCUUCUUAGUGGUUUUUGCAGAAAAGGCAAAAUUGUUCCUGCAGUCAUCCUGUUGCAGAUGAUGUUGGAGAAAGGGUUUGUCCCUGAUAUUGUUACAUAUACCUGUUUGUUGAAUGGCUUGAUCAAGGAAGGCCAAGUUAAGGUUGCUUCUUACCUGUUCCAGGAGAUCAUAUGCAAGGAAGGUAUGUAUGCAGAUUGUAUUGCCUACAACUCAAUGAUGAACGGGUACCUAAAAGCAGGAAUGAUACAUAAAGUAGAUAUGACGAUUCAGGAUAUGCAUCAUAAUGAGGUUUAUCCUAACCCAGCCAGCUAUAACAUUCUUAUGCAUGGGCACAUCAAGAAGGGACAUUUGUCAAGAUCUGUUUAUCUAUACAAAGAUAUGGUGAGGAAAUGGAUUAGGCCAAACAAUGUGACAUAUCGUUUGCUUAUCCAUGGAUUUUCAAAACAUGGUAUGACUGAAAUUGCGAUUAAGUUCUUGGACAAGAUGGUCUUAGAACGCAUUUAUCCGGAUAGAUUAACGUUUGAUGUACUCAUAACUGUAUGUAGUGAGAAAUCUAGGAUGUCCAAUGCUCUACAGCUCUUCAACUGCAUGAAGCGGUUAUAUAUGUCACCUAGCAGUAAAGCAUACAGUGCCAUGAUAAAUGGAUUAAUCAGGAAAAAUUGGCUGCAGCAGAGUUGUGAUGUUUUACGUGACAUGGUUGAGAGUGGACUUGAACCGAACCAUAUACACUAUAUUGCAUUAAUCAAUGCAAAAUGCAGGCUUGGGGACAUCAAUGGAGCAUUCAGGCUGAAAGAGGAAAUGUCAGCUCUUGGUGUUGUGCCAGCUGAAGUUGCUGAAAGCUCAAUUGUUAGAGGUCUUAGUAAAUGUGGAAAGGUAGAAGAGGGCAUCAUAGUUUUCUGUAGCAUAAUACGGGCUGGAAUGGUGCCAACCAUUGCUACUUUCACUACUCUAAUGCAUGGUCUCUGUAAAGAAGGCAAGAUUGCAGAUGCUCUGCAUCUCAAAGGGUCAAUGGAGUUGUAUGGAUUGAAGAUUGAUGUAGUCACUUAUAAUGUUCUAAUCACAGGUUUAUGCAACAACCAGUGCAUUUCUGAUGCGUUAGAUCUUUAUGAAGAGAUGAAAUCUAAGCAACUUCGGCCGAACAUUACAACAUACGCCACAAUGAUUGGGGCUAUCUAUGCAACAGGCAGAAUGCUGGAAGGAGAGAAACUACUGAAUGAUAUAGAGGAUAGGGGCUUUGUUCCCUCAUAUAAGGAUCAAAUUCUUGAAUGGAGGAUGGAGAAUGCAAUGAGAAGGUUAAACGUGAUAAGAAAUUGCAAAAAGGAAAUAACUUCUAAGAAUGAGGUCGAGCUAUUACAUGCAGAUCAUGAAUCCAUGCAUAAAGCUGCUGAAGACUGAAAUCCUCGUAACUUAACCUUUUCUACUUCAAACUGGUAUGUUUGAUCGAUAUGCAGGUUCAUAGUUUGAUGGGGAUGCUUCUAUUUGUUGAUGACACUGAGAUUUAAAUAAAUAUAGAAGAUGAAGACUUUGGUGUCAUAAUUUACAGAAAAGCAAAAGACAGACUAAGAUGAUGGUAGCCAUGCAUAGGAAAACAUCAGUAUGGAGAACAUGAUUAUCUCACUUCAUCAAGGACAAGAAUACAAAUACGUUCAGGAGAUGAGAGAAGUCCUUCCUUUGGACCCAGGGCAUGUCACUCUCGAAUAAAUCAACUUUGCAACAGCAAGACCUGUUCCCAUUGGCCAAGCCUCCAUGGAGAUUUAUAAUGCCUACCAUCUGUAGUUCAUGAGAAGAUAUGCGAGCAAAUGCACCAUAACUCUCAUUCAUCGCUCCGACUCUGAUCAUGAAGUCUAGCUCGUGUUAUCAAGGAGUUCCCCUGCAGCUAGCUACCUUGGCAUGCCCUUGUUUAUUAGGACGCUGCACAAGCAGGACUUGCAAUCUCCUAGAUAAGAGCUUUAUCUAGAAAAGGACGGAAGCAGUGAUGGGAGGUCACUGCCUAGUGGCCUGGGACAGAGUUGCUUCAGUUGAUCUUGUGAGAUUAUGCUUGGGUGGUGGAAUCCUAGCCGUGGGGACCCUGAUAAAGCUGGUUAGAGUUGUGAUAGCAGCCCCAAGGCAAGUGGAUGCUUUGAUGCCGAGGUGUCCUUCCCGGCAGAUGGGUUUGGACGCAGCUGGAGGUGUGCACUGAAUUUAUCCGGGCUGAGGGGUUUCUCGUUCCUCCACUCCAAUGUUCGUGCCUCUUGGUUCCUAGUGCAGGUCAAGACUUGGGUGGGAGAUGGUUACCCACAUGUUUUCUUCUGCGGGAGAGGUGUCAUAAGGUAAGGAGAAAAUUUUCAUGGGAAUGGUGUAUGAGCAGAGCACUAAAGACAUCCAAUUGUUGCCCAUAUGUAUGAUAAAAAUAUUGUUAUCUGUGCUACUGUGUAACCUUGUUCAUGACUGUUUUAUUCAGUCCUGACCCAACACAUUAGUAACUAUGUAUACAAUAUUGUUCAAUGUUUUUA